UUUCAUGUUGGAGAAAAUGAAUGAAACUUUGCCGAAGUUGCCGGCGAAUUUUACUACACUUUACCCGCAUAAGUAGCACAAAACCCUUAAACACCUGUCGAGAAAGCAGGACAAAGACUUCAUGAUUUUCCAGUCAACGGACCAAGAGCUUCAGGUUGAAUUGUGUUCGAUUUCCCAUUAGGGACGGUGAGCCAUCUGUCUGGAACGAUGCUGUAAUUGGGGGUUCACUGGGUCCAAGCAUGGAGCAGGGAGUCUGCAAUGCGUCCGGGAGUCCCAGCAAGAAACUCCUCCUGAAUGGGUGUCUGGACGAGUCGCCGGGCCCUCCGCUGCUCAUCAAAGAGACUCUCCCAUUGGACGAGAGAACGCUGCCAACAGAGGGUGUUGUGGCGAAUCCACCAAGCACUGCAGCAGAUAAGGAGGAUUGUCCACUGCCGCCCAAACUUUCCAAUCAGAACAGCUCUUUCACCUCGUAUGACUCCAGCGUGCAAAAUAAUGUGGACUUAGAGCUUUCAGCUGCGGACCCCGCGUGCCUCAGAAGGAAGGAGCCUGAUUCUAUUGGAAAGGAUUUGAACCACUUGAGAACUCAGGAUAUGUCAGGCUUGAACAAGAGCAUACAAGGGGCAUUGCAAAGAAUAGUAGAAAAUUCUAAUGAUGAUUCGGUGGAAAAGUUAGACAACACGAGCCAGGAAAGUAACAUGUUGGUUGAGGAAGCCACCUCGUCCAAACAUGAGAUGUCAAAUUCUCCUGAAAAUCAGCACACCCUGCCAAGCGCUGGUUCCAGCAUUCCAUCAAGUACUCCACCCUUGGCAGGUGCUUCCGAUCAGAAGUCCAGCCUGGUCGAAACAGAACUUGAAUCGGUCUCGAAAUCAUUCCAGCCGAUCAGUGCACCCGGUGCAAUAGACAGUGACAAAGGACAAGUUUGUGUACAUAUAGUUGACGAUAGCACCCAACCGGAGGAAUGCACUUGCAAUAAUGUCACACCAACUGCGCGGAUGCCGACACCUCAAGAGUCCGAUUCCAAUGCAUUUGUUGCAGUUGCGAAUUCAGGGCAAUGUGAAAUUGACAUUGAAGUAGACGAGAAAUCAGAAGAUACAUGUAGUUUAAAAAAGGAUGACAGGGAUAUGCCACCACUGCCAGCCUCCCAAAAGAUCACAAUUGGUGAUGCCCUUGAAGGACAAUCUGACGUAGUGAACGAAAGUCGUGCUAUGAGUCCUCCGGAUUUGUCAAACCGUUCCCUCAGUCAACCUGUCGAGACAGACACAGACACCCAUUCUAAGUCGUCGUCCUCUGGCCAGAAGACGCAACCCAAGCCACGGGGCAACACCAUGAUCUAUGUUCCCCGACCUGUCGGACGAGCUUAUGCAGGGCUACCGCAUCCUGACGGAGAUCUUCGGCGACAAGUGCAAGUCUUUCGUCUGGCCGUUCCUGGAACCCGUGGACACAGAGACUCUGUGGGACUACGAAAUCAGGAUCAAGCACCCCAUGUGGCUGAGAAAAAUCGAGUCCAAAUUCUUCAAGAAGGAGUACCAGGACAUCACAGAGUUUGCGGCGGACAUGCGGCAGAUGCUGGAGAACUGCUACCGGUACAACGGCAUGAAGCACCAGAUCUCCAAGUACGCCCAGACGCUGGAGUGCGUCUUUGAGCAGAAGCUGGCCCUGCUCUCCAGGCCACUUCAGGAGAAGACAACAUUGUACGUCACGUCGAAUGGCAAGUACGGUGACGGCUCUCCAAAUACCGUGGAACUGUCGUCAGGUCGGCUGCGGCGGGCCUGCACACGGCUGGCGGCCCGUGCCCUGGAGCAAGCCUCGGCCACACCCCUGGCCUUCCAUGUGGGGCGGGAACUGGAGCAGCAGGAGCGGGAGGAGAAGCGGCAGAAGAUCGUCGACCGGCGGGAUGAGAUCCUGAAGGAGCGGCAGGACCUGCUGGGUUGGGAUAAGCAGCUGAUCGGCGAGGCCCACUGGACGUACAUGAAGUCCCUCUGGGAGAUUCCAGCCAUCGGUCAUUUCCUGUGUCUCUGCCAGUCCGUGCUGGAGCUGGACGAGAUCAGUUUCUUUGAGUUGGAGCGUUCGUUUGCCAUUCCCAUGGAGAGUACGAUGCUGCGGCGAAUCUUCACCUCCCUGCUCAGUACCCCUUACCAACGCACGAGACUCGGCAAGAAGCCGCCUAUGCCGUACAAAGUGUGGGAGGCACGCCUCAGGGAGUGGGUGCGUGGCUGGUACAUCGUCCUGGACAAGUUGAGAGAUCCCAUCAAAGUCUAUGAGAAGAUCGGGGUCCCGGAGAGGUUCUUUGAGGUGCUCGGUCCCUACUUCCCGCUGGACAAGCUGCAGUACCACGAGCUGACCUACUAUGAGAGGGUCUGGGUGACCAAAGCUCUGUGCGACCAGCUCUUUGAAACCCAGCUGUCGGUCCGACGCUGUGUCCUGUCCCAACCCGUGGAGGAGCUGAGGCCCAUUGUCCUGGGUGUGGACGGCGAGGCCAACUCCUACAUCCACUUCCCACACUUCUGCGGGGCCGACCUGCGCAUCUACCGCCAGUCCAAGUACCCGGAUCUCCUCAAGGCGGCCAAGAGGGACAAGGUGAAAUCCGAGGGAAGGGAAGACCGUGAAGCAGAGCAAGAUGCACCUCGGCCCCGUAAACUUCGCAAAACCCCAGCGCUGCGGAAACAGAUUCCCAGGCCGAAACCCGUCACCGUGGAAACGCCCCGUUCGCGACCAAGCAGACUGCGACAGAAGCUGACCCCCACUGUCCAUUUUGGGACGUAUGCCGAAAGCAUCAUCUCCAGCACCGAGUCUGAGGACGUCACCAGCGAAUUCACAGAGAUUGAGGACGACGCGUCAGACAGCCAGUGGGAAUGCCAGACGACCCCGGACCAACCCGGAGGAAAGGCAGAAGCAGUUGAGGGAGACGAGGAUACAGAAAGUGAAAAACCCAUCGAGGGAGACGACCGAGAGGACUUAAAAGUUAGCCGACCAACCAAAGAAAAUGAAAUGGAUGCAUUAGUUCGAGAAGAGAAGCACCAACCAUCACAAGACACUGGAGUAAUGAAACGAGAACAAAUAACUGACGAAUCUGUAGUCUCAGCCAUGAGGCAGGGUGCAGUAGCAAAACCUGACGGAAUUGAACCGUUGUGCAAUGGGGAAACCUCUUCAAUUCAUUCCUCCACGACAUCUGAAAACGCAUCCCCGGAAGACCCUCCAAAGCUCCUUGCCAAACUAGAGACAAAGGAGGAAAUCAGAGAAGAGUCUGGAACAUGUCACCAUCCCACCUCUGAGAGUGGAAUGAGAUGUCAGGGCACAGAGUGCAAUGUCAUUCCGGAAGGUUCCCUCAAAAUGGAGGUUGGAUCAGAGGCUGCUACACCAUCGGAGGGGAUCACAGCCUCUGGAGAGCAAAACGCCAACAACAAUUCCAGCCAGACUUUGGAUGCGGCCAGUGAACUGGAACCCUUGAUUGAGCCUGACAAAAAGCCCUGUGACGCCACCUCCCCCACGGAAGGGGAGCUCCAUGUCCCACCAUCCUCUCCUCCCCCACCCCACAAGGAGGUCCUCCCUGUUCUAGGGGAGUUUGAGUUGGUCUGCGACAGCAUGGAGUCAUUAAGGGAGCUGGUUGAUAAGUUUGCCCCACCAGAGAACAAGAACCCACCACCCACCACAGGAAGAAAAAGAAAGGUGGCCUCGUACAUCAAGCAGCCCGUACGCAGACGCUGCGAGAAGGACCUCCACGAGAAGCUGACCAACCUGCUGCUGGAGCUGACGCCCUACGAGGCCAGGCUGGCCAAGUUUGCCUUGCGCAACCGGGAGAAGUUCAAGAAAGAGUACGAAUCGGCCAAGAUGGAACCCGAAACGGAUCAGGACAUCAAGGACAUAUGGGCAUCAGAGGAAUCGUCGUCGGAAUCUGAAAGUGAAGCUGAAUCGGGGAGCGAAGAGGAAGACCAGGCGGCUAAUGACCAGGAUGAAGAGUGGGAUGCCAGCACUGAAGGUACUAUGAGGCUCAGGAAGCGCACCGUCAAGAGAACCCAAGGCUCUGCUACUCCAGACGAUGGUGAGGAAGCAGAGGAUGGAGAGCCAGUCCAGGAAGAGGCAGCCAAGAAGCCCAAGCGGCCCAGACCUAGUGGGCGACGCAGCCCCCCACACAAGAAUCAACUCAACACCAGCCUCCUGCAGCUGAUCAAGAACCUCUCCAACGAUGGCCUGAGCGACGCUUGCCGCCGACUGCAGACAAUGAUCAAGCGGGCGGAGGCUGCCCGAUACCAGAUGGCCCACAAGUCCAAGCUAGACCCGGCUUCCCUGUCAGACUGCGGGGAUGGGCAGGCAGUGACAGCCUUGCUAAACAAACUGUUCUGGGUCAAUGGGAAGCCACCUGCUGUGGAAGGAAAUGUUGCCAAGACUGUCGAGGAGCUGAUAAGCACAUACCCAAUGUUUGUCCACAAUCUCAUUUUCAGAAACUUGAAGAAUAGCCUAAGCAAAAUGGCCAAAGUUGCCAAGAGCACUGGCCCUGAUAGUUCGGACCAAAAGGACGAACCUGAAUCCAAAGAAGAAAACCUUGCCGUGGAAUCAGAACCAUCCAAAGAGGUUGUGCAGCCAGCAUCCACUGAUGCCGACACUGUGUCUGAUCCAGUUAACAGUUCAAGCAGAAUGGAAACUCGAUCUUCUGCAUCAAAUACCACUCUGGAAGGCGACCCGAAAUGGAAAUCCAAAGAGAAGAGGAAAGAAGUCAUGGACGACUUUACGCUGGCGGGGCUGUACACAGUUCUGGCCCAGGCAAAGGGGAUUUUGCGAGAGCGCCUAGCCACUGGUCUGUCGGAACUGCUGCCGGAUUACCCGAACUUGCAAGAGAGCGUCGUCAAAACUGAGCCAAAGAAGGAUCUUGGGGAUUCAGUCAACCCAGACCAGCCGUCAUCGAGGAGUGACACAGACAAAGAGCUCCUUUUUAAAAUGUUGCCAAAGCCAUCGCAAUAUCAAAAGAAUUCACAGCUUGCCCUCCAAGGUUCUGCUCACGUCAAGUAUAUGUCCAGUGUGGAUGUAGCAGCCGUGAGAAACAGCACCAGGCCGGGCAGUUCCCUUCUAGUGUCUGUUCCCACAGCCAAGUUACCCACGGUGCCAAACAGUUGGUCUGACAAGGAGCUCGCGAAGGGUGCAUCCCCAGCCAGAGCUCCACUUGCGACCAGUGGCCAGGCUGCUCCUGCUGCUAGUACCUCUCAGAUUGGUGAUAAUGUGGGAGCUGUGCCACACGGUGUGUACACAAUCAAGGUGGACGCCAGCGUCUGGUCUCAGCUCCAGGGCAAGCCACAGCUGCAGCAGCAGUUUGUCCUGCAACAGAUCAGAGAGAUGCAGCGCAAACAAGCCGAGUCCGGCUCCAUGACCACUUCUGGGGUAGGACUGAGCAACCCGGCGCAGGCGGUGACAUGCAUACGCAGCCCGCCAAAGGCCCAGGCCGUACCACCAAAAACGUCAUCGGAGACAAGAACCACCAGCAGCCCCGCGCGAAAUACGGCACGACUUCCACCAGCAACAAACAUCUCAGACCUGUCCUCUCUGCAGCCUAUCAAGUUGUCCAAGCCGGCCCGGCCAAAGGCCAGAAAUCGUGGAGGUUUGGCAGAGCCCGUCUCAAAUCUGUCACAGAAGGAAUUGAUAGCUUUAUUGCAACAGCAGCAGCGGCAGCUUGAGCUGUACCGGCAGCAACAACAACAAAAGCAGCAGUCACAACAGAAGAAUGGGGAACCACAGCAACAGCAGCCACUGAUUCAGGAGCAGGCCAAUCAACACUUUGUAUUAUCGGCCUCGGGAGAGUUACGUCCUUCCACUCGUUCACAGCAGGCGACAGGGGCAGCAAAGGCUCCCAUUGUGUUAGGUGUCAGACACACAGCUCCGUCUGUUGAGCCCUCUCAAAUUUCAGCAAGCAGCUGCCAUCCGAUCACUGAGCCUCUGCCUGUGACAGCACAGCCUACAAGACUGUCCACAAAGACUACAGUCACCGCUUCGUUGAAGCAUCCCAAAAUGACCGUGAACCCAGUGAGUUCCCAGCAUUGUGCCACUGUGCCAUCUGCUACCACCGUCCCUUCUCAGAGCAGACAGUCAUCUCCGAUUGUACAGCGACCCCCGGCCCCACAGAACUCUACCUCAUCAUCAGUUUCUCCCAGAGGUCCAAGUACUAGGUUCCAUCUUGUCCAGACAAGCAGUGGCACCCAGUUUGUGGUGCGCACUGGUCCCAAUCAAGCACCCAGGCUCAUUAGUCUUUCAUCUGUUGGGAAUUCGGGAAGCACAGUUCCGGUGAUCAUGACAGGACAGAAUAGACAGUUUGUAAAACAAACCAGUCAGGCAGCAGCGCUAGUUGUCUCUACAACCAAUGCUGCUACAGUGAGCAUGUCACAGACUGUUCAGUUUGUGAUGCAGCCGGGUCAGGUCAUUCGUAAUGCCGCGCCAGCGAGUGUGAGUAGAAGCCAGCAGCAGACGAUUCAGGGAAGCGGCGGUCCUCUGUUGGGACAAGCUACUGGAGCAGCACAGCCAACAGAUGCUCGCCAAAACCCCACACAAGCUGCACUCCAAGCCAACCAAGAUAGAACGGGUAGAGCAGUUGUCGCAAUGACCAACCAAAGUGUCGGGAUGCAGGGGGCAGUGAAAGCGGUCCUGUCCCAAGUCAGUCAGACCCAGAAUCAAGCAGCACCCGCUGCGAUCCAGAAGCCACAGUUGGCUGUCGUCAAAGGUGCAGGGGAUUCCAAGGUGGUCGUGGCGAGCCCGAAGAAAGUCGUUCGGCUUGUCCAUCCCAGCCACCUCUCGACAGCAGCGACUUUUGUACCGACAACCGACCCGAGUCAAGUUGGGAGCAUGCCAAUUGUGGUGACCAAGGCUCUUCCAGCUGCUCCACAGGGAGUGCAGGUGGUGGCGCAAACUCCGGCACGACAGCAGUUGGUUCACUUGCCUGUCAAGUCCCGGCCAUUAGAUUCUGCGGUGGCAGCUGCGGCUACACAGGGGUCGCCGUCUGGGUCCACGACAGCAAUCCAGGAGCAUCUCCAACAGGUCAUCCUGCAGCAGCUAGCUGCAGGGAAGCUCAAACUGUCACCUCAGACCAUUCCAGUCUCCAAGAUUGGUCAUCAGGUCGUCCAACAGCCAGUCCAAAACCAGCAAAAAGCAGGGCAGGUGGUCAACGCUGUCCCAAUAGUACUAUCCCAACAAGCAUCGCAGCUAAUCACAAAGCUCCAACAGUCGGUACCUGCUACCAUCAAAACCAGUCCACCGGCUGCCUCAUCAGGCACUCAGCUUGACCAACAACUGCAGGCCAGCAUCCAGAUACUUAACCAGGCUCGAGCUGCUGGGCAAGCGCCAGCUGUCAGGCUCCUGGCAGUAGGCAAUGCGAUCAGCCAGAAGAAUCUGCCCAGUCAAGAAACGCAGAGUCUCCAACCAGUCAACCCAGCCAGCCCAGUCGCGGGGCCACUUGGUCCUCGUUCCUCGCACCUGGUCCUGGCUCAACCGUCUGUGAGCAGCCAAGUAGUUGGCCAGGCACUGCCAUCCCAAAUCAUCUUGCCGACUGCGCUGACCGAUCUGUUGACACCUCCAUCCCAGACCAGUCUCCAGACGGGCGCGAAGCGAUCCUUGCCGAUGCCGCCACCUCUGUUGGAUCCCAAAAUACCCCGACUCACUGCCCCAGUUCAAGCAUCAACUGCCCAAGCAGUACCAGCCACCACUCUCUCAGGAUUGCCUCCAGACACUACCCAGGGUACAAGCUGAUGCAGACAGGUAUCCAUGGUCCAUCAGGAAGUUGACUUCCUUUUUAUAAUACAAGAGAAAUUUUCCCAAGAUCUGUAAAUUCUUUAACGGUAAUUUCCUUAAAUUUGUUCCAUUUGCUUUGUUGAAGUUGCAACAAAUUUCAGUCACUCGAUUGUACUUGACUGAAGGGACCACAUGAUUUUGUUUCUUUAAUAGGCAUAAUUUGUGUUGAAAUAGUUUUUUGUGUGUUAUUUAAAUUAUUUCACUUUGAAGCAUUGGUAACGUUGAUACUAUUAUUUGAGAACAGUGUUUGAUAGUAAUCACCAUGCGUGGUGGAACCUUUCCUUGAGGCCUCUGGGCAAAAAAUACACCCAGGACCUCCUUGCCGGGAUAAGAGAUGACUACUGAAUGCAUUUUUGGGCAGGCACAUGUAUGAUUCCAGUGACAGGUGGACUGGGAUAGGUGACUCAGAUUGAGAUAAUCUGGCAGCAUUGUUUAUGCUGCCACUGGAAAACCGUCCCGAUAGUUUCGAACCUGCCAGUGGUUCUUAAACCCAAGAUCUGUCGUCCCACACCCUUCCAAGAUUCUUCAAGAUCCACAGCGGAAUAUUUGAAAUCAGGAAAAACCAAGCAGUAAAGAACAUUGCAGUGGGCCUUGACGAGCCUUGCAAUUUUGUAGGCACCUGUACCUGUUCCGUGUACACGCCACCUUGAACCACGUGCAAUAUUCUUGAGCGUGCACCCCGGAAGAUCGUCCAGACUCUGGAAGCAUUCAAUGCCUGAUACUGCCUGGAAAGAUCCAAAACCCAUUCAUACGAGGGCUUGUCUUCAGUGUCUCCUGCCUGAGUGCAUUUGGAUACGUGCACGAUGUUACCCAAGACGGACGAGCAGUUGCCCUUCCUUGAUUGUGAUGGUAAAGUGCACGAUCAAUAUUGAGUAGAAAUGGAGUCGGGCUGUUCAUUUUAAUACUUCUUUUACAGUUUGUAGCAUUUUCAUUUUCGGUGUUAUUUUUAUACUUUUGUAUCCAUAUUUACCUGUGCGUUCACCCAGCUCUGUUAAACAUAGUCAGGUAGUGAAUACAUGUACUUUUCAGAAUUCUACGCACGCAUUGUCGCGUGACCAGAAAAGCCUUAGAUGUGACCUGUCACCACAAAAUGAGCUGAAAGUCGGAAUUUUCCAAAAAUUGAGAUAUUGGUACUUUUGACUUCAGCCAAAAAGAGCUUUCUAGUGGUAUGUACAUGGAACACUUGGGGUAAAAGUGUAAGGUGAGAAUGUGGCAUUAUUCUGGCAGCUUGGCGUCUUGUUCCCAUCUUGGUUUCAACAUUUCAGACCAGGUACGAAUAAUGCCAUCGUUACAAAGGCUGAGAACAUGACGUUUCUAAACAUACGAUCGUGCAAAGUAUUUGGAAUUAAAUAGGAGACGGGUUGCCCUUUCCAAAUAUUAUGAAACCUCAAACUUGACCUCACUUGAAUAUGACUUGAAUGCAACUCGGGACUCAUAUUCCCACCGAAUGAUAUUUGGUUUUGAAGUGAAUUAAUGCUAUAUUAUUUCCGUCAUCAUUCUGAAUGAUAAUCUCAGCUUAUUAUGAUGAAACUGUUGGACUGGAGAACAUGCACUGUGCAUUCAAUGUGAUAAUUUUGAAACAAGAUUUGCUCCCUUUUAAUAUCAGUUUCCUGUAAUCGACAAUUUUUGUUUCUCUCUGAAGUACCCAAAAGCACCAGAGUACAUUAAUUAUCUAAAAUAUGGAGGGUAACAAGACAGUUGGUUGUUUAUAUUCGACUAUUUAUACUUUUGCUUUGUGUAUUUAUAAUCUUGAUCAUUAUAAACAGUUGCGGAGAUAUUUAUGGAA